AUGACAACUGAUGCAAGUUCACAAGAAAGCAAAAAACGAUUCUUCAAAGAUGGUUUAGAUUCUCAAGAGGAUUCUUCAGAAUUAAACCUUGCCUUUGAUAAUAAUGAUUCGAUACUUUUUGGCAAUAGGAGUUUUAAAAACGAGGUAAAAAUAAUUCCGAUCGAUCAGGAAGAUAAUAUUGCUAUUGAUGAUCUGGAUGAGAAUCAGAGAAGUACCCAAAAUGGAUUUGAUCGUGAUGAAUUUUUACUUCAGUUACAAGUUAUUAUUCCUGAUAUUAAAAGAACUGAAGCAAAUAUGCUAUAUGAUAUGUUCAAAUUAGACGAUAACUGUAUAGAGAAAGCCAUUGAAUAUUACUUUGAAAUUAGUAGUAAAAUGGAUAAGGGAAAAGUUGAUAACAACAUGGAGAAUGAUAACGAUGACGGAGGGGAAGACGUAAUAAUAUUGGCAUCUUCAUCAAGCCCCGAUACAUCGAUGAAAAGUUCACAGCAAUCUCAAAAAAUAAGUUUUGGAUCGGUAACAUCAAAGAAAAGGUUAUCUUCAUUUGAAGUUUUUUCUCAAAAAAAGCCUAAACUUGAAGUAAGAUGGAAAAGAUUUAUAGGAUCUCUUCAAGUGAAUGCAAUGGCUACACGACCAACAACCAAACCACUUAAAUACGGCACGAAAUUAAAAUUGGUUAAGCCUAAUUCAAAUGUCAUACCGUCAAAAUUAUAUUCAGACUCAGGCAAAAAGAAGAAAGCCCUUUCAAGUUAUAUUAAAGUUUUUGAUAUGUCAAAUAAUAGAGAAAUCGGGAAGAUUCCUGAAGAUAUUGCACAAAUUAUUUAUCCAUUAUUAGAGAAACAAGAAAUAUCUUUUUUAUUAACAUUAGUUUAUUGCGAUAAUAAGAGGCUAAGCAUCGGUGACACCUUCGUUUUACAAUUGGAUUGCUUUUUGACUAAUUUAAUAUUCGAUGAUGAAAUAAUUUCAACUUCAUCAUCACAAGAAAAUAUUUCAAGCGAAUUUGAUAAAUCAAGUCAAGAUCAUAUUGAAAAUCAGUUGGAAAUCGAAAACAGAGCUUCUAGACUUUCACAUUUAGCAUUAUUUAAGAAAUUAAAUCUCUUUCCAAUUAUAGAUGAACAAAAGGAACUUAAAAAAAUUGAAGAGUUAAAUGAUACUGUAAGGGACGUAAUUGAUUUAGAUGAUGAAAUAAUAUAUGACAAUAGCAAUGAAAUUCCCAUGGAAGAAGAAGGCGACAAGGAAAACGUUGACCAUAGUUUAAACCUUAACCAACUGAUGGCUUUUUAUAAUGUCACUCAAUCAGGGAAUUCUCUUUUGAACUUACCUGAAACACAACCUUCAAAAGAUAUCUUUAAACUGGAGCUAAGAAGAUACCAAAAACAAGGUUUAAGCUGGAUGUUGUUAAGAGAACAAGAAUAUGAUAAGGUAUCAAAAUAUGAGUAUGAUUCUGAUAAAAAUGCUACCACUAUGAAUCCUUUAUGGAAGCAAUUCAAAUGGCCAAAUGAUAUGUCAUGGGAUGGACAAAGAAAUAAAGAGUCCAAUUCAAAUUAUCCAGAUGGAUUAUUUUUUUAUGCAAAUAUACAUUCAGGAAAAUAUUCCAUGGAAAAACCUACAUUAAAAUCUCUAGUUAAAGGUGGUAUCUUAUCUGAUGAAAUGGGUUUGGGUAAAACCAUCUCUACCCUGGCAACUAUAUUUUCUGCACCAUUUGAUAGAGAGGAAAAAAAUCAUAAUGAACUUUUUAUUAAAGAGAGAACUACAAAUAAUUCUUUCGAUUCCGAAAUCAUAUGCAAGCCAUAUGCAUAUAGAACAACUCUUGUAGUUGUACCUACUUCGUUAUUGAUGCAGUGGAGCAGUGAAUUUGAGAAAUCCAAAAAUGGUGACGACAUUUAUUCCGAGAUAUAUUAUGGCGGAAAUGUCACCAGUUUGAAGUCGUUACUGACUAAAACAAAAAAUCCACCGACUGCUGUAUUCACAACUUAUGGUAUAGUACAAAAUGAAUGGACAAGAAUUUCAAAAAACACUUCUAAUAACUCGGAAGCAUUAUCAGGCUUAUUUUCAGUACAAUUUUUUAGAAUUGUUUUAGAUGAAGGACAUAUAAUAAGAAAUAGAAGCACAAUUACAUCGAAAGCCAUCAUGAAUCUAUCAUCUAAAAGAAAAUGGAUUUUAACCGGUACUCCAAUUAUUAAUAGAUUAGAUGAUAUUUAUAGCCUGGUAAAAUUUCUUGGUUUAGAGCCCUGGUCUCAAAUUGGCUAUUGGAAGAGUUUUGUUUCUGAACCAUUCGAAAAAAAAGACUUUAAGUCAGCAUUCGACGUUGUUAACUCAAUUUUAUCACCCGUUUUAUUACGUAGAACAAAACAAAUGAAAGACAUAGAUGGUAAACCUCUGGUAGAACUACCUUUAAAAGAAAUUUUUAUAGAGGAUAUUGAAUUAUCUGCAUUGCAGAAUAAAGUUUAUAAAUACUUUUUGGAUAGAGCUGAAUCAUCUGUUCGUGAAGGUCUUGCCCACGGAGAUUUAUUAAAAAAAUAUUCCACAAUUUUGGUUCAUAUUUUAAGAUUAAGACAGAUUUGUUGUGACGUCAGGCUGUUAGGUACAAAAGAUGAUAACGAUGAGGAUGUCAAUAGUAACAAUCAAGUUGUUUCGGAUUCAGUAGAUGUGAAUAAAAUUUUGAAAGACCUUAAACAUACUACACGAAAUGCAUUGAACCAAGAUGAAAUUACAGAACUUAGUGACAAAAUCCAAUUGAAGUAUUUUGAAAAUGGGAAGUUGAAAUCAAAUGAAUGUCCAAUUUGUACAACGGAACCUAUUGAUGCAAAUAAUAUAAUAUUUACUGAGUGUGGUCACUGCUUUUGUGAGUCUUGUUUACAAGAGUACUUUGACUUCCAGGUUCAGAAGAAGUUGGAAACCAAAUGUCCAAAUUGUAGACAAAUAAUUUCUACUAAUAGAGUUUUGAAGCUGAAUCAUGACACUGUUGAAAAUGAACCAAUAGAAUUAUAUUGUCCUACGCAAAAAUCUGCAAAGAUCGAGGCUCUUUUGAAACACUUAAAAGUUAUUCAAGAUCAGUCUGCUGGGGAACAGAUUGUUAUCUUUUCUCAAUUUUCCUCAUAUCUUGAUAUAUUAGAACAAGAUUUAAACGAGGCUCUAUCAACUAAGGAAACAAUAAUUUACAAAUUUGAUGGUAGAUUAUCUUUGAAAGAACGUUCCACCGUGUUGAAAGAAUUUACAACGAAGGAUCUCACAAAGCAAAAGAUUUUAUUAUUGUCUCUAAAAGCUGGCGGUGUCGGUCUUAACCUUACCUGUUCAUCUCAUGCAUUUAUGAUGGAUCCGUGGUGGUCACCAAGUAUGGAAGAUCAAGCUAUUGAUAGAAUUCAUAGAAUAGGUCAGUCAAGCAACGUAAAAGUUGUGAGAUUUAUAGUGCAAGGAUCAAUAGAGGAAAAGAUGUUAAAAAUUCAAGAAAGGAAAAGGACUAUUGGAGAAGCUAUGGACGUCGAUGAAGAUGAUAGACGUAAGCGUAGGAUUGAAGAUAUUAAAAUGUUGUUUGAAUGA